CCGGCGCGCAGCCGCAGUGUGGAGCGGCGGGAGAGGACCAGGUUGCAGUGGCGGCGCUGACCGGGCCCGGGGGCUUUGACUGAGAGGAAGUUUGACGUAUUGAUCAGCCGAUGGAAAGAGAAGGAAUGGCGGAACUUGCUCCACCUGUGGCCCUGAACGCAGUUUACAAAGAGAGCGCCACGAUGCCUGAGGGAUCUCUGCAGGUCAAGGGCUAUGACUUCAACAAAGGAAUUGACUACCACGCAUUGCUGCAGUCCUACCUGACCACGGGUUAUCAGGCAACCAACUUUGGCCAAGCUGUAGAACAGAUCAAUGCAAUGAUCGAGAAGAAGCUGGAGCCCUUGGAAGAAUCGGAGAAGAAUGCCAUCAACCUGAACUCGUGUCAACGGAAGCUGACGGGCUGCACCAUUUUCCUGGGAUACACCUCCAACCUCAUCAGCUCUGGGAUUCGAGAAACCAUCCGCUACCUUGUGCAACACAACAUGGUUGACUGUGUGGUGACCACCGCGGGUGGCAUCGAGGAGGACUUUAUCAAGUGUCUGGCUCCAACGUUCCUGGGGGACUUCAGCCUGAAGGGUAAAGAGCUGCGAGCCAAUGGGAUUAACAGGAUUGGAAAUCUUCUGGUCCCCAAUGACAACUAUUGCAAAUUCGAUGACUGGUUGAUGCCAAUUCUGGAUCAGAUGCUACUGGAGCAGAAGGAGCAGGGAGUGAAUUGGACUCCAUCAAAAAUGAUUGCUCGACUAGGGAAAGAGAUCGAUAACCCAGAGUCUGUCUACUACUGGGCUUACAAGAACAACAUCCCAGUCUUCAGCCCUGCCCUGACAGAUGGCUCCAUCGGUGACAUGAUCUACUUCCACUCUUAUAAGAACCCUGGGCUGGUGCUCGAUAUUGUUGAAGACAUCCGAGGAGUAAACAACCAGGCGGUAUACGCCAAACAGACAGGGAUGAUCAUACUGGGAGGCGGCGUGGUGAAGCAUCACAUUGCCAAUGCUAACCUCAUGAGGAACGGAGCAGACUACUCGGUGUUUGUCAACACAGGCCAUGAGUUUGAUGGCUCCGAUUCUGGAGCCAAACCGGACGAAGCUGUGUCCUGGGGUAAAAUCCGCAUGGAUGCCAAGCCCGUGAAGAUCUGUGCCGAUGCCACUCUUGUUUUCCCUCUGUUGGUCGCUGAAACAUUCGCGCCCAAGUUGAGUGCAUUUGCGUCCCGUUCAAAGAUGAUUUAACGCACUCCCCGCUUAAGCCAAGCAUGUCGUAGAACCAGCGGCUGAUGGCACCGUCUCCUGAGGUCGAGGGGACAUUGAGAUCCUAUCUGCCACUACUGGGAAGCAGAUGUUGCCACAUUAGGAGCAUACUGCGAUUCCUAAGAACGAGUGAAA